AUGGCCUGGGCGCUGUGGCUGGCGCUGUGGGUGCUGGGGGGCCCGGGGGCCCGGGGCUGCCUGCGCUGCGACCCCGGCUCCAUGCGGCUGCUGCGGGAGCUGAAGGGGCCCUACCUGGGCCGGCAGCUGCGGGGGGACCCGGGCCUGCGGGCGCGGCUGGAGGCCCUGCUCGAGCGCAGCCUCCAGGGCCUGGCGGAGCUGCCCAUCGGGGAGCAGAGCUACAUGGGGGUCAUCGACGAGAAGACGAUGGGAGAAGCCGCCGCCCACUUCAGACGGGCCGUGACCCGAAUCAUGGAGAAUGACUUCAAAGAUGGGCAGCUCUUCAACGAGGUGAUGUGGAGCCUGCAGGCGCUGAGAGAGACUUUCACAACCCUCAUGGCCCGAUUCCAGAGAGAGGUUUAUUGCCCGAAUAAGUGUGGGCGCAUGGUUCACCAGUUCAUCGACUGUCGAGCCUGCGGUACCAAGAUCUACUCCUGCAACCGGGACCUGCGCUGCGGGGAGCGGAGGCUGCAGGUGCAGCAGGACGACGACCUGAUCCUGGACUGUGCCUUGACCUGGCACCGCGCCAGCUACGGUGCCAAAAGCUACCGCUUCUACCGGGCGGUGGGGGGCUCGGAGCAGGUCAUGGUCACGGGCCCCGACGCCUUCCUUGUGAAGAAGGAGGCGGCAGCGAACGACUCCGGGCGCUACCGCUGUGAGAUGCUGAACGCCCAGGGCUGGGUCUGCUCCGAGCUGCGCUUCCAGGUGACAGUGACUCCCCUGCCAGGGAAUAGCACCCCACCGCCUGUGCCGCCCCUGCCGCCCCUGCUGGGGCCCCUGACGCUGCCCCCCCCGUCACGGAGCCCGACCCCCCCGGGGGGCCCUGGAGACUGGACUGUCUGGGUCAUCAUCGGGAGCAGCGCUGGGCUCGUCCUACUGCUCAUCGGGGGCUGCACCUGGCUCUAUCGCCGCCAGCAGGAGAUGCCAGAGAAGGACGGUGGAAGCCAAGGGGGGCAGCUGAAGACGUGACCCGCCCCCCCACUCCAGAACCAACCUCCCCCGCCCUGGUUCCUCCCACCUCCAACCCCCCGCUAUUUUUAAAUAGAGAGGAUUUUAUUGCCAAUACAGUCGUCCCGGACUCCUGGGUCCUGUUCCCGCCUCUGAGUGAGGGGCGGAGCUGGGAGCCAGGACACCUGGGUUCUAUUCCUAGCUCAGCAUGACUCAGUUUCCCUCCCUAUGAACCACCCCUCAGCUAC